GAGCGUGAGAAAGGUCUCAAUUUUCCUUCGGCUCAGUUUUCCUCUCGCGCCGAUGGGAGAUUGGUCGGUGGGAUUAGGGCUGAGAGACCGCGAGAGCGAGCGAGAGAGAGAGAGACAGGCGGUGCACGUGGGGGAUGUCUCAAGCUCUUUCACAAACUCCUGGAUAAUUUUGCAGUAAAAAAAAAAUGCCCGUCUCUGGAAUCUGACAGGAAAGAAAAAGCUUAUUCACCGCCCCUCCUCAUCCGAUGCUAAAAAUCGGUUGUUUGUGAGAAGUUUUCGGUAUAUUAGGCCGUGUUGUGGAUUGCAAUAUCCCUGUUUUUGUUUUUAUUUAGCAAUGAAAGCGUAAACGAGAUUUUCGGAAACAAGAAAGGAAGAAAGAAAGAAAGAAAAAAACAUAACGUAAGGGAAGGACAGGAGAAAUAUUUGAAAUAAAUUAAUCAAACUGACCUCUUCCUCCACUUGACCUCUGCUAACGAUGACCUGGCUUCUCGAGUACGACCCUUGAGCAUGUUGCUCCCCGCGCCCUUGGGGUUCAUGUCGCUCGUGGGCAGCGAGACUCCGGCGGCGUGAGAGGCAUGGGCGGCCUGAGGGUGCUGGCGCUGCUGGCGCUGGCCGAGUGGUGCGCGGGCGCCGCCGUCAGGAGCAGUGGCGGGGGCGCGCCCGGCCGCCAGCUGCGCCUCAUGACCAAGUCGGGCGGGGAGGCGGACCCCCCGCCGCGCAGGGGCUCCUCCACCAUGGAGAGCGAGAUCGCGGCUAUCUUCAGGGGCGUGGCCUACGGCGCCGCCGCCCACGGCCCGAACGGCACCACGCUUAUCGCGGAGGCCAUCACGCCUGGCCCCUCCCCCAGCACCGGCGCCCAUGCCGCAGCGCCCACCGUGCAGCCGAGGGGCGGCGGAGCCAAGGACACCGCGCCCACGGAGAAGCCCCCGGGGAGCGACGCUGCGGCCCGAGGGGCGGCUCCGGCCAGCACGCAGCAGAGCCCCCCGGCAGGCGCGGGAGGCGGGGGGCCUGCGGGCGCCGUGACCAAGUCCCUCGGCGAGAGCAUGACGGCCUUGCCCGACGGCCCCGAGACUCGCCUGCCGGCGGGGGCCACGAGCACGGCCGCCCCCGCUGGCGCCCCCGGGACGGUCGUGUCUGACGCCGAGGCGGGCGCGGAGGGCGGGCGGGGCGCCGCGGGGGCGGGGCGGGACGACCCCGGGCCCGAGUGGACCCCGGGGGGCGCGUGGUGGCCGCACGUGUACGUGUCGGCGGCCCUGUUCUCACUGCUGGCGCUGGUGGCGCUGUGCCUGAUGGCGCGGGCGGCCGUGGCGACCCACCUGCUGCCCCGCCCGCACUACCUCAGCCUCCACAUCCUGGUCUUCUUCGCCGCCUUCCUACGAAGUCUGCAUAUCCUGCAUGACGCCCACGACAUCAAGCACCUGCUUCCCACGGCCCUGCUGGUGGCCGUGGAGGAGACCGGCUGGCCGUGCCUGACGGCGGCGCUGGCGGUGGUGGUGGUGGCCGUGCUGCGGGCGUGGCGCUGCCCGACGCGGCCGCACCUGGCCGUCCUGCUCGCCGUUCUCACCGCCGCCCACCUCAUCGCCCUCCCCGCCGCCCACCUCACCGCCGUCCUGCUCGAGCACGACAAGCUGCCCAUCAGGAUGACCACGCGCGCAGUGACCGCGGCCUGGGGCGGGACCGUGGGCGUGGGCGGGCUGUGGGCGGUCUGGAGGGAGAGCAGAGACUACUCGUCCCAGAUGACGGACGUGCGGGCGGGACAGGAGUGCCAGCCCAGCACCACCCACCCCGCCCGCCUGGUGCUGACAGCCACCCUCACGCAGCUGCUACUGGCGGGCCUCCACCUGUACAUGCUGCUCGUGCCCGCGUCAUCCGCCUCGUCGGCGCUGCACGUGUGGGCGUGGUGGUGCCGCUUCAUCGUGUCCCGCGGGCUAGAGCUGAUCGUGGGGAGCACGCUGGUCACGGCGGCCGCCCUCACGCUGUCGCGCCCGCCCGCCCACUGCUGCGUCUUCAGCACGUGCUGCCAGAAGCGAACGGUGGAGAUGGUGCACCCGGCGGAGAUCAAGAUGAUCCACCCGAUGGGCGUGUACACGCUGCAGCCUUCCCGCCCGAAGAACGAGCACGCCCAGACCAUCGCCGCGCUCUCGCUCAGCAACGCGCAGAAGGACAAGCGCGACCACGCCAGCCUCGACUACGUCACGUCCGACUUCCAGCUGGUGUGGAGCCACGGCCGCCAGCGCCCGCUCUCCGCCGCGCAGACCGCGCCCCGCCUCGACGACACCUUCCUCCAGCUGCGUCCCGACGCCGAGCAGGACCUCCCCCGCGCGCAUAUCCUGCCGCUGGCUCCUAGGAACGUCAUGGAGCCCUUCGUCAACACGAACGUCUUCUCGUCCACCCUGCCGAGGGGCCGAGUCUACGCCACGCCGGAGACGUGCAUGCAGUACGAGCAGCAGCAGGAGGAGCCCAAGCCGUCGCCGGACCGCGGCCUCGCGAGCAAGACCUCCACCCUGCUCUCCGGCAGCAGCGGCAGCAGCAAGCUGUACUCCUCGCCGCAGAUCCCCCUCCGCGCCAGCAGGAGCUGGGACGAGCUCUCCACCGGCCACGUGUACGAGGAGCCGCAGCGGACGCGCCCCGGUUCCGUCGACGAGGGCCUCUCCGACCUCUCGGACGUCACGGGCGACUACACGAGCGACCUCUUCUACAGCGACGCCGGCAGCCCCGUCCUGCUGCGUCCCAGCAGACGGUCCCGCCGCCGCCACCACACCGCCUGCUACAUCAACGCCAAGCAGUUCGCCGCCCAGCAGCCCAUCGCGAUCCAGCCGCCGAGGAACCCGCCGGCGUCCGCCCGGGACUCCCUCACGCCCCCCCACCGCGGCGCCGCGCCCCAAGCCUCGCCUCACCAGCUCGCCUCACACCGCGGCCUCCAGCCCCCCUCGCCCGCCUCACACCCGCCUCCCCCCCCUCACUACACCACCCACCGGGCGGCCAUUCAUCCUCCGGCCGCCCACAACACCGCGUCCCGCCACCCAGCCUCCGCGGGCGCCCCCCCAUCCAAGUCCAAAGGCCACGCCGAUGUAUACUAAGUCAUAAGGUCACGCGAGUCUUUUUGCAUACCUAGGCGGAUUAGCAUGUAGUGAGUGCAGUGUCGAGUAUGUUUAAUUCUUACAAACAAAUAGAUCAAACGGUAGACAAUGUACGAUAAACAAAUUUGUCAUCUGUGAAUAAUUACUGUCACGUUUUCCGCACUACCGAGAGAUUAAGUGUUGAUUUUAUGAUAAAAAUAAUGACAGCAUACUGUUUUAGAAUAAAAUUAAUAAUUCCCGUUAUCAAAAUACCCUGAAAAUAACCCCAGGAAUAAAAAAAAUUGUCAUAUACCAAACAACAUAUCAUGAAAACUGAAAAAAAACAAAAAAACCUAAUCACAGGUAUACUUUCCGGUUAAUUACAGUCUGUGCUCACGCGAGGUAUGUGGAUAUAAUGCCAAGUGGAUAAUUUCAGAUCACAUUUCCACUGUGAUGGAGUUAUUUCCAACACACCCCUAAAAAAUAAUAUACAAAAAACUGAUCACAGACAAGAUUCGGUGACCAAUCAUAGUGACUCACUGUUUGUUUAUCAAAGAUUCGUUAUCGAGUGAGACAAUGCAAGCAUAUCUAGAUGUACAUAGAUUUCAGCAGUGUCUAGUAUUGUUGACUACUAGAUCGACUGCGAACUCUGUUGCCAAAAGAUAAAUAAUAAACAAGCCUCGUGUAACAGUGAUUUUUUUUUAUUAUAUAGUUAAAUCUGAAAUCACACUUGGCUAAUUUCUGUCCCGCCAUUGACCAAAAAAAUGGCGCCUGACCUUCUAAUGCUCAAAUAAAUAUCUAUGUCUGUUUACUGUUAAUCAUGGGAAUGGUCUCAUUAAUCACAGACUUGUAAUCACGUCAGCCACCCAUUUCUGGAAUCAUUAUUCUAAGACUAGCGUGUUUUGAUAAGAGAUGAUUAUGUAAGUGUCGAGAAAAAAAUAAUAAUGAUUUCGACUAAGGAUUUUGUACAUAAUAAACGCCUAUGUUAACUGCCAUAUAAAGAAUGCAUUGGUGCAGACCAGGGAUCCGUAAUGUAAGGCGACAUAGUUAUAUAACCUCCUUGUCCUUUAAAGUCAUCAGGCAUGCAAGACAUUCACUGGGUGUCUUCUCGAAAAGGGAUUUAGGCUGACGCAGUAAUUAAGUUUCUGGGAGGGAAAGAAAGGUUAAAAAAAAGAAGACGAGGAAAAAAAGAGGAGAAAGAAAACGGAAAAGAAAACGGUAUCCCGAUCAGUUUAAGAUCGGGUCAUAUUUGGGGAAUAAAUAAAUCAUUUUUCAUGUUCUACUUUGUCUCAUAUAUUAGACUGAAAAAAA